AUUUGCUUGUGUUUUGUCUAUUUGCAUGUGUUUUCUUAAGUUGCAGUGCUGUGAGCUCUCAGGGCCACCGUACUACACCACGGUCAGCGAUUUUCACCUCACAAUGUAACGUCCCUUUUUUCCAGUUUUCCCCGGAGCAGAGGCAGUGAUGUGGGGGGCAGCGGCCAUUCUGUUCGAACGGUGAAGGAAGAAGAGGAAGAAGAAAGGGGACGAGAGGACGCGGUGACGGAGGAGCAUUCACAGAUGGGAUGACGGCGGCAUCCUGUUGCAGGGACAAGAGAAGCGACUGGUUCUGAGGAAAGGCGGCGUCAAGAUCCAGUGAUGGUCUGCUGCGCAAACCAGAGAAUGUUGCUUCAGCUAGGAUCUCCACCCCCCCACCAAGUCUUUGACAAUGUGGGUCAAUCACACCCAGUGCUCUCCCUCUGCCCCUACAUGUAACUGAGGUCAGUCUCCCUUAUUCUGACUGUAAUGGAGAAUCACAGUCUGCUGUCCCUCACUGUGGCCUUGCUGGGUUUUCUUCACCCAUGUUUGACAAGACUGACUCCCAGAGUCUCCUUCCCUAUGGGAACGGGAACUGUUCUAUUGCAAGGCGCACCAAACUGCAACCCCUGAAUAAAACAGGUAGUCCUGGGAGACAUCUCACCUGCUUCAGUAGCUACGAUGUCAGCAACACCACCACACUGCUGCUCAGUGAAGGUGGAGACAUGCUGUAUGUAGGAGCCCGUGAUGCUGUGUUAGCACUGGAUGUUAGCCACAAGGACGCCAUCAUACUGAUGAACAAGCUGGACUGGAGCCCUUCAGACAAAGACCUUGAACAAUGUUCCAUGAAAGGCAAGAAAAUGGCUGAUUGUCCCAAUUUCAUCCGUGUACUGCAGUUCUUGAAUUCCUCCCAUAUCUAUGCCUGUGGAACAUUUGCCUUUAGUCCACGCUGCACCUAUGUUAACUCCAAGAUGUUAACAAUGAGCAUCAAGUCUGAUGAAGGCAGAGGUCGCUGCCCCUAUGACCCCUACCAACGCAAUACUGCUAUCAUCGUAGAUGGGGAACUUUAUACUGGGACGGUGGCAGACUACAGGGGGAACCGGCCAGUCAUCUCCCGGCACCUCGGUGAGGGCAGGCGUGUUGACCUGAAGUUGGAUGACACAUUAGGAUGGCUGGAGGAUCCAACCUUCAUCAGCUCCAGUUACAUUCCUGAUGAGGAGAAGAUCUACUUCUUCUUCAGUGAAGUUGGCAGAGAGUACGACUUCAUUGACAAAUUUAUUGUCUCUCGUGUUUCUCAGAUCUGCAUGAGCGAUGUUGGCGGCCAGCGGACCCUGCAGCGACGCUGGACCACGUUUGCCAAGGCUCAGCUGUUGUGCCAAGCUGAAAAUGAGCUACCCUACAAUGUGAUCCAGGACAUAGACACCCUCCCACCAGCAGAUGGAGCCUCUGCAGAUGACACUCUGUUUUAUGGCAUCUUCACCUCACAGUGGUCUGUCAACUCUGGACAGUCAGCAGUGUGUUCAUUCCGCCUGAGUGACAUCAAAUCAGUUUUCUCUGGUAACUACAAAGUCCUGAACCGAGACACUUUACAGUGGACCACACGCGUCCAAGAGAAGGUCGCAAAUCCAGGAGAGUGUGGACUGCACAAUGCUUCAGACAACGCCCUGCGCUUUGUUAAAGAAAACUUCCUGGCAGACGACAGUGUGAGGCCAGUUGGAAGAAGUCUGACCAUGGUGUCUGCUGAGCACCAGUAUAGCCACCUGACGGUCCAGAGAGUCCAGGCUGCCAACAGCAGAGACUACACUGUCCUGUUUUUGCUUACAGAGUCUGGUUACCUACACAAAGCAGUGCUGCUGCCGGGUGGGGCCCAUAUCAUCGAGGAGAUCAAAGUGUUUGAGCAGCCACAGCCUAUUAAGAGCCUGAAGCUCUCCAUACCUAAGGGCGUAAUAUAUGUUGGCACAUCAGACGGUGUGCUGAGGAUUCCAACUGCAAACUGUUCCUUUUACUGGACCUGUGCUCAGUGUGUUCUGGCCCGAGACCCCUUCUGUGGUUGGGACACUGCCAACAGGGCCUGUGUGGAGGCCUCUAACACUCAGAACAGUAUAGGCCAGGAUGUGGACAGGGGGAACGUGGAGGAGGCGUGCAACAGUGUUACAUUAACACACAGAGCCAGAUUCGAUCCAAACAAAUUGUCUGCAGCCUCAUGUUCUACAGGUGAGUUGGUGUCAGUGGCUCUGAAUGAAGUGGUGCGACUGCAGUGUCCCGCGGCGUCGCAGCUGUCCCAGCAGCUGUGGGAGCGUCCUAACAGCCGGCUGUCCUCAGAACUGUACCUGCACAUGGGGGACGGGAGUCUAAACUUUGUGGCCACCCCGGCCACACUGGGCCACUACCUCUGCCUUUCCACUGAGAAUGGCUACCAGCAGACUAUAGCCAUCUAUCAUGUGAAACAAAAGAGCAGCCCCUUGGCUCAUACUCCAGCCACCUACACCCAGCCUCAGACACACCCCAUAACCACUACACAGGCACCACUGUCCAGACCUGGACCUGGACUGCACACAUCUGUGAAUUGGCCUGAAAGAAAAGAAACAAGACAAGGAGAGACUGAGCCAACACUGACCAGCAGGGACACUCAGGUUGAGAACAGGCAGCAGGGCAGGAACCUGACCAUGUGGACACAGGAACCUGGGCAGAAGAAGGCAGACUUUGGUGAUGGGGAGCCUCUGCAGUCUGCUCAAGGCCCCUGCUAUUUAAAGGAGCUGGUGGUUGUAUCAGUUCUGCUGGUGCUCUGCCUCAGUUUGCUGAUCACCGUGCUUUUGUAUGUCAUCAGACAGCGCUGUCGCAGUCGAACAGCCCCGCAUGCAGGAACGCCAACCAGAGACUCAGACAGAAGGACCCCUGUGGAGCAGGAGGCCCUCAGGGGAAACCAGGUUCUGAGUAAACAUAAUGGACAAACCCUGCAUAUCGGACACCCCAGUGGCUCAGGAUGUAAUGGGGCACUCACAGGCUCUAAUGGACAUUUGCCCAACACUCCCAUCUGAACAGUCCCAGACAGUUUGAAUAAGAUAAGACCAGUGGUGGAUGGGGGUUGGUACGUCAUAUGGUACUUAAAUGCAGACACAUUCUCCUUUAUUGUGGCCAGAGGCCAAAGUGCAGGUCAUGGUUUUCUGGAUGUUUCACUUACUACAUACAAGCUGAUCCAGUAUUUUUAUAGAAUAGUCUGUGUUUGAUGGAAAAUCAGUGACUGCCAUAGUUAUUUAUCUAUUUAAAUCAGACCGUUUUUCAAGCAUUCAUCCAAAGCACGGAUGAACAGAGAAGUUAGAUUUGAAAACAUCCAGAAGAGUCUGAGCCCCAGCUCAGCAUAUUUCUCAUUAUAAGAGAUUUCACAUAAAUGCUUCACAUUAUGUCCAAUGCCAAAGUUUUCCCUAGUUCUGCAUCAUGUUCCUAUAACACACAAGUCAUUUUUAGUUGCUAAUUGGACUGAUCUGAUGCUACAGUUAAAUGCUGGGACGAAUAACAAAUUCAGUCCAGGUGUAAUUUCACCACCAAGUGUAAAUCUUAUUCAUGUUCCAACUCACGAGUAAAAACAUUAGAUUAAAUAUUAUUUUCCACUAGGCUGAGCAUCCUCAUGGUCAACUAAAUAUUUUCUAAAAAUUCCAUCAUAGCCUGGAUAUUUGCAUAAUGAAUGCUCAAACGGAAUAAUGAGUAACUGAUGCUUUUUGGCUUUUUUGAGCAGUAACUUUAUAUACUGUGGUCGUACAGUCUGUUCACAAUCUCAAUAAAAAUACAACUUUUUAAUGUU